ACGACGAGCGUUUGACCAUGCUGGCGACGCUGGACGAGCUGGUGCCGCUGCCAGCGGAGCUCAAGAUGUACCUGCUGCACCUGACGGCCAUCGGCCUCGUGAGCUACGCGGCCGUGGCGCUGCUCAUCCCCGUGGUGGGCCGCCGCAUGCCGGCCAAGCUCUCGGGCAAAGACCUGUGCAAGCGCGGCACGCCCGCGGGAGAUAUCCCCAUUCCGGAGGCGCUUGGCAUCGUGUCGGGACUCGUGUACGUCGCGGCGCUGGUCGUGACGGUGCUCACGGUCGUGGACAACCCGGACGUGAAGCGCAUGAUGGCGUGGGGCAUCGUCAGCAUCCUGUCCAUGAUCCUGCUGGGCUUCACGGACGACCUGUCAGACCUGCGCUGGCGCCACAAGCUGCUGUUCCCGCCGCUGGCGUCGCUGCCGCUGCUGAUCAACUACGCCGGACUCACGGCCGUCGUGCUGCCCAAGCCCGUGCGCUUCCUGUUCGAGAAGGACACGCUGCUGCACACGGUGCUCAACCCGAUCGUGCCGCUCAGUGAAGGCGGAGAGAUCGCGGAGCUGGGACUGUUCUACUACCUGUACAUGGGCAUGAUGGCGGUCUUCUGCACGAACGCCAUCAACAUUUACGCCGGCGUGAACGGCCUGGAGGCGGGGCAGUCGUUCGUGAUCGGCGCCGCUGUGGUCGUGCAGAACGUGUGGCAGAUUCUGCUGGGCCACGACAACGAGAACUUCCACUACCUGUCGCUCAUGUUCAUGGUGCCGUACCUGGCCACGACGCUGGGCCUGCUCAAGCACAACUGGUACCCGUCGCGCGUCUUCGUCGGCGACACCUUUUGCUACUACGCCGGCAUGACCUUCGCGGUGUGCGGCAUCCUGGGCCACUUCAGCAAGACCCUUCUGCUCUUCUUCCUGCCGCAGGUCCUCAACUUCCUGUACUCGCUCCCGCAGUUGUUCAAGAUCGUGCCCUGCCCGCGCCACCGGUUGCCCAAGUUCAACGCCAAGACCGGCCUGCUCGAGCCGUCCACCAUCACGCCCGAGUCCACGCGGCCCAACUACACCAUCAUCAACCUCUUCCUCGUCGUGUUCGGCCCCAUGAAGGAGAACCACCUCGUGCUGGCUCUGCUCGCAUUCCAGGUACUAUGCUGCGGUCUGGCAUUCUACAUCCGCUACGGAAUCAGUGGCUACUUCUACGACUUUGUGCAGUAG